AUGGCGGGAACUACAGCAGACGCGUCUUCGACCGCGUUCCCACCCGCCCUCACUGCGGCCAAGGUCUGCUACACCAAACCUAUCUACGAAAGCAGUAAUCCGGGUCUGGAUUUUCUGUGGGAUGAAGAACGGGCACGCAGGGGAACCAUAGAGGAGCUAAGUGCUGAAAGUGUCCUCACACCGGUGGCUGCAGCUUCUUUGCCCAAAAUGCCAACUCCUGAGGAUCUCCUGCCUCUGUCAGUUCUUAUCCUCUUCUUUCCGCUCGUCCUUCUCUCCUCUUCAUUCCUUUUCUCAAACUCAUCCUCCCCUUUCUACUCGCCCUCCUCUCUUCCAGCUCUUAUACUCUCUCUGUCCUCCUCCUCCUCCUCCUCCUCCUCCUCCUCAUCUUCCUCCUUCCUCCGUCCGGCGUCGCUUGCCUUCGGCCUCACUCGCAAUAUGCUAGGGAAUGUUUAA